AUGGCCCUCGUGGAAGGUUCUGGCAGGUGUUCUGGCCGCGUCGAGGUGUACUUCGAAGGCGUGUGGUGCACGGUGUGUGACGACCUUUGGGACAAGAAGGAAGCACAGGCGGUGUGCCGGCAGCUGGGCUGCGGGUCCGCCGUGUCCGCCCCCGGGGAGGCCCACUUCGGCCAGGGCUCCGGCCCCAUCCUUCUGGACGACGUGCAGUGUUCUGGGACCGAGGCCUACCUGGGACAGUGCUCCCACGCCGGCUGGUUCACCCACAACUGCGGGCAUGGGGAAGAUGCUGGUGUCAUCUGCUCGGGUAAAUGUCUUGCUCACUUCUCUGGGACUUGA